AUGUCAGACGGUCCCGUUCGGACACCCUUCACGCUGAAGGAGCGUGGACUGCAAUACCUGGUGCGGCGACACCCUCCUGCUUUCGCUGUGGCUGGCUACAGUCCUGAAAAUACAACAUGGGAAGAAGUGCGAAUUCUGCUGAUUGGCGCCGGCGGCAUUGGCUGCGAGGUUCUGCAUGCUUUGGCGCUUAGCGGAUUCACAGAUACCACAGUCGUGGAUAUGGACACCAUUGAGCUCUCCAACCUCAACCGGCAGUUCCUCUUCCGUGAGGCAGACAUUGGGCGUAGCAAGGCGGAGGUGGCUGCGGCAUUUAUAGAGCAGUGCUGUCCAGGCGUGCGAGUGCAUUCAAUAUUUGGUCGCAUCGAGGAUCAAGACGAUGAUUUCUACCGACAGUUUCACGCGGUUAUUUUGGCUGUGGACUCCGUUGCUGCGCGACGGUGGAUGAACCAGAAAAUUGCAGAGCUUGCCCACUGGGACAUUGCCGAUGUUGCGAAGAGUUUGGAUGGGCAUGCGCAGGCGCGGAAGGAAAAACGUAUUAUCAGCGCUAUCCCCCUCAUUGAUACCGGUACAGAAGGCUACGAAGCCUGUUGUCGUGUGAUUCUUCUUGGCGAGCAGCCAACACCGUGCAUUGAGUGUAUGCUCGACCUUUACCCGAAGCGUAAGACAGUGCCACUCUGCACACUGGAAAACAUCCCGCGUUCACCAGAGCACUGCGUCCUGUACGUGCAGUUCCGCCUUUGGGACGAGAUGCGACCAGGCGUUGCGCUUGACACCAACGAUAUGGAACACAUUCAUUGGGUCUGCCGCAUGGCGCAGCGACGCAAGGAAACCUUUAGCAUUGCAGGGCCUGACAUUGACGAGUCAUUCACGCUCGGUGUUGUCAAAAAUGUUGUGCCGGCUGUUGGCUUCACCAACGCACUGGUGGCUGGGCAGGCAACCCUCGAGUUGGUGAAAUUGUUGACGGGCGUUGCGCCGUCCAUGCAGUGCUUCUCGUACUUCAAUGGAGCUGCGGAGUGUGGUGGGUUGACGUCAUAUGUGACGAGUCUUUCACCUAAUCCCGCAUGUCCUGUCUGCGCCCCACGGCCUCUGCUGUUGCUCACCGCGGAUAUGGGACCACGCGACGUGCUGGACGCCUUGAACGAUCAGAUUGGCUUCCCUGCUACGUCGCAAGAAGCAUGCGAGUCACGAGACCCGCAGCGACUGGGUGUGACACUGCGCGUCCGAUUUGAGCGCGACGGCGAGGUGUAUCUUAUUUACAAGGCAAGCAAUCCGUUGAAGACAGACGUGAAGGGUGCUAAUAUUGAGGAGAUUUUUGCGGCCGCGGGACAUGCUGAUGCCUUCGCGCGGUGGUGGAGCAGGAAGGGCAAUGCUUUUACAGUUGAAUGCAGUGGAGCUGAUGCUCACAUCUCAGCUGAAGCGCUAAUGUCGAAAGAUGCUUUAUUCUCAUGA